AUGCCGGAUGGAAAGAACGUUAGCAAGUCACUGUCGAGGCAUGAUUUACCUCAGUUCUAUCUUCUGGUGAUCUUAUAUUUCCUUCAAGGAAUUCCUGUGGGCUUAGCGUUCGGAACAGUCCCAUUUUUAUUAAAAUCAUUAGUUAAGGAAACGUCGUUUACAUCAUUAGGUCUCUUUUCAAUGGCUACAUAUCCUUACUCUUUAAAGAUCCUAUGGUCUCCCAUUGUAGAUUCCUUCUAUAAUAAGCGCAUAGGUAGAAGAAGAAGUUGGAUAAUACCGAUACAGUUGAUCAGUGGUAUAAUAUUAUGGCUUAUUGGUUGGGGGAUUAGUAAUAAUCUCAUAUUCGAGGGUGUCGACAACCCAUUCCAUGGUAGAGAUACUGAUGUCAAGACUAAUAUAACACAACUUGUAUUUUGGUUCGGGUUAUUGGUGAUUUUAUGCGCGACACAGGACAUUGCAGUUGAUGGGUGGGCAUUAACAAUAUUAUCCAAGAGAUCACUGUCAUAUGCUUCAACAGCACAAACAGUAGGUUUAAACAUUGGCUAUUUUCUAUCAUUUACGAUCUUUCUAUCGUUAAAUUCUAGUGAAUUUGUGAAUAAAUAUUUUAGAAAUGUGAACAAACCUUAUGGUUUGGUUAGUCUUGGCGGAUAUAUGAAAUUUGCCGGCACUAUUUACAUUUUAAUUACAGUGUACAUAAUAUUUUGCACAAAAGAGCAUCCUUUAGCCACGGAACAAACCCUGAGUAAUGGUCAUCUACCGUCUAAUAUUGAUCAAAUCAAGGAAUUUGAAUUGAAACAGAUUGAAAUAAUCGAAUAUAAUGAUUUCAAUGAACUGAACACUGAAAACACACAGGAUAUUACAUAUAUUUAUCGUUGUUUUAUCAAAGCUUUAAAGUUGAAAUCCGUUCAAUCUUUGGCGAUAAUCCAUUUGAUCUCAAAACUUGCAUUUCAAUGUAAUGAAGGUGCAACAAAUUUAAAAUUGUUAGAAAAGGGGUUUAAAAGAGAGGAUCUCGCGGUUACAGUAUUGAUUGAUGUACCAUUUGAAAUCAUAUUUGGGUAUUAUGUUGCCAAAUGGAGUUCUGACGGUGGUAUCGAAAAAAAGGAGGAUGAACAACAUGGUUCUAUUCUUCGGGCUAAGCAAUUGGAGAAAAACAUUAUGAAACGUAUAACUUCUGUGUUAGUUGGUGAUGCAGGUGUUCUUACACCAUGGUUGUAUGGUUUCUUGGGGAAGCUAGUAGCUGCCAUGUUAGGAAGUUACGUAUUGAAGAUGUAUCCAGAGGAUAAUAAGAUUACAACUAGUUAUUUUCUGUUGGUUAUCGUCCAACAUUUAUUGGGAUCAUUUAUGUCUACAGUACAGUUUGUCGGCAUAUCAGCGUUUCAUACAAGAAUAGCGGAUCCUAUACUUGGUGGUACGUAUAUGACAUUACUGAACACAUUGAGUAAUCUUGGUGGAACGUGGCCUAAAAUAUUCAUCAUGUCAAUGAUAAGUAAAUUAACCACAUAUGAAUGCCACAUAACUGGAAAAGAUAAAGACACCAUCGAGAUAGUUCAUGUGGGGAUGGAAAUUUGUACAAAGACACUUGGUGGAGAAGUGCAUAUUUUAAAGGACGGUUAUUAUAUCACAAACAUAAUAUGUAUAAUACUUGGUACAAUCUUAUAUUUUGGUUUUCUAAAAAAGAAAGCACAACAAUUGCAAAAAUUACCAAUCAGCGAUUGGAGAUGUACGUAA